AUGAGUUUUGCCUUAGUAAUUAUUAAUAUAUUAAUGUUAACAUUUGUUAAUUGCUCCGAUGAUGAAUAUAGGCUUUUACAGGAUUUGAAAGAGCGUUAUGAUCCAAGUAAAUUAAAAAAAUUUUUAAGUUUUAUUUUUUUAAAAGUUGAAAGGCCAGUACAGAACCAUACAGAAGCGGUUAAAGUAAGCCUCCAUCUUUAUUUACAACAAAUUGUUGAUGUUGAUGAAAAGAAUCAAGUUUUAACAGUAGUGCUUUGGGAGGAAUUUCGGUGGUUUGAUUAUAAAAUGCGUUGGGACCCUCGAGAAUAUGGGGGAAUAAAAAAAAUUCGAUUUCCCACUGGAACUCUCUGGAGACCGGAUGUUCUUCUCUUUAAUAGUGCUGAUGAGAAUUUUGAUGCUCGAUUUGAUGUUAAUUUUGUAGUUAAUAAUGAUGGAAGUAUUUUAUAUUCCCCUCCAGCACUUCUUAAAUCAUCAUGUGAGAUAGACAUAACAUGGUUUCCAUUCGACGAACAAAUGUGUUUAUUAAAAUAUAUCCACAUUAAACGCAAAAUAAUUUAUUAUGGAAUGAAUUGGAUUGUUCCCAGUGUUCUUUUUUUGCUAACCAAUGUUUUGGGUUUCACUAUGCCGGCGGAAUGUGGUGAAAAAAUAACUUUACGUUUAAACAACAAAUCUUCUUUCUGUAACAGUUUUUCUUGGAAUGGUACUUUAAUAAAUAAUAAAAAAAAUAUUUUCAAAAAGGUUGCAGAUAUAACUCCUCCAACUUCUGAUUCUGUUCCCAUUAUUGCCGCCUUUUUUUCUAUUGCAAUGGUGAUUCUUGGCUCUUCAAUUAUUUUUACUUUACUUAUAAUUAAUGUACAUUUUCGUUCUCCUCGAACACAUAAAAUGACGCCGUGGGUACGCACAAUUUUCUUAGAAUGGUUACCUUGGCUUUUACUUAUGAAUAGACCGGGGAAACAAUUUCGAAAACCAAAACGUAAACGUCGCACACCUCGACAAAGACCUGGUACUUGGACUUCUGAACAUCAACAAAUUAUUGAAUUACAACAAAGAGGAGAACAUUUGAAACAACGUGUUUUCCCUAAAACAUUGCAAACUAGCGAUUCAAGUACAAGUCGAGGCUCAGUAGGUGUUGGUUUACAUCGACAACAAUAUACACAGGAAUCGACAUUAAUGAUGGAAAAACCCUCAACUCCUUUAUUAACAGCAAAUUCAGGAAGCAAAGAUAAAGGAAAGAGAAUUCUUGAAGACCGACUCGAUUCUUUUUUAAUAUCCGAAUAUGGAACUACAGAAUUAUUACGUUCAACACUUCGUGAACUUUCAGAUUAUUUACAUUUAUCUCAACAAAAAAUGGAUGAAGAAGAAGAGGAGGAGGAAGCAAAGGCUGACUGGCGUUUUAUGGCAAUGUCUUUAGAUAGGGCCUGCCUUUUCCUUUAUGCCUUCAUUUGUUGUGCUCUCCCCCUUUGGAUAUUUGCUGCAACGCCAAAAUAUAUAUUACCUAUAGAUCCAACAAAAAUUGUUAAUCCUAAAGCUUUAUGUUCAUUUAAAGAAAAUUAG